AAGAUCCGAAAGGGCGGAGGGAGGAGGGAGAUUGAGGCGGAAAGAGACGAUGUUCAACAAUUCCCCCCCUCUUCAAAAUGGCUGCCGUGUCUGCUGCCAGUGCUACUCAGCUUGGAGAGUGACUCCGAUUCACCCUUCCUUAUUCCUUCUCACUUCCAACGCAGCCUCCGAUACUUUGAAAAUAAAUCUCAUUUGCAUUUAUUCACCUCCCCCAUCUCCUCCUCCUCCUCCUCCUCCUCCUACCUUCAUCGUCCAUCGGGUUUUUUUUUUCAAAACAACCAGCUUCCAACACUCCUCUAAUCAAUCAACAAUUUCCAAUGGUUUGAAUACACUUUUUAAUGAACAAUGUGUGAAAACUGCGCCGAGCUGGUGGAGGUUUUAAAUGAAAUAUCAGAUGCAGAUAGCAGUGAUGGCUUGCAGCUAAAAAAGGAUCAUGCUCUUAGGAUAUUUAGUUACAUUAAUUCUUGGACCCAAAGGCAGUGUCUGUGUUGCUUCAAGGAAUACAAGCAUCUAGAAGUCUUUAACCAGGUGGUUUAUGCACUCAUAAACUUGGUAGUCGCUCAGGUUCAAGCGCUUCAGGACCAGCUUUAUAAGUCUUGCACUAAUGAUACUGAUUCCGAUUGGGCAGACGUGACUCAGCAGAGUGAUGAACCUGUUAAUGUGGAAAGAGAUUCCAAUGAAGAAGAUGGGGAGACUGAAGGACAAAAGACAACAGAGAGCAAGCCGGACAGCUCAAAGGCUUGUGGGAGAACGGGGGAUGUUUCAAAGAGCCCUGAUCCCUUUAGCGCUUGGAAUACAGAGGAGAAAGAAAAGCUGCUGUUAUGUGUGGCAAAGAUCUUUCAGAUCCAGUUUCCUUUAUAUACUGCGUACAAACAUAACACUCAUCCUACAAUAGAGGAUAUUUCAGCUCAAGAAAGCAAUAUACUAGGAUCAUUUUGUGACAUGAAUGAUGUAGAAGUACCUUUGCACUUGCUUCGUUAUGUUUGCCUCUUUUGUGGCAAGCAUGGCCUUUCACUCAUGAAGGAUUGCUUUGAAUCGGGAACCCCUGAAACUCUGCCAUUUCCAAUAGCACAUGCUUUUAUAACAGUUGUAUCAAAUAUCAGAAUAUGGUUGCAUAUACCUGCUGUUAUGCAGCAUAUAAUACCCUUCCGGACCUAUGUAAUAAGGUAUUUAUGUAAACUGUCGGAUCAGGAAUUAAGGCAGAGUGCGGCUCGCAACAUGGCAGAUUUAAUGUGGAGUACAGUUAAGGAGCCCUUGGACACCGCUUUGUGUUUUGACAAAGAGAGCCUGGAUCUUGCUUUCAAAUACUUCAUGUCUCCCACUCUAACAAUGCGGUUGGCUGGUCUGAGCCAAAUAACUAAUCAACUACACACCUUCAAUGAUGUAUGUAAUAAUGAAUCGCUAGUGUCGGACACAGAAACAUCAAUUGCAAAGGAGCUUGCAGAUUGGCUAAUCAAUAACAAUGUUGUUGAGCAUAUCUUUGGACCAAAUUUGCACAUUGAGAUCAUUAAACAAUGCCAAGUUAUCCUGAAUUUUCUCGCUGCUGAAGGGAGGCUUAGCACUCAACACGUAGACUGCAUUUGGGCAGCAGCUCAGUUGAAACACUGUAGUCGAUACAUCCACGAUUUAUUUCCGUCGUUGAUCAAGAACUUGGACCCUGUGCCACUUCGUCACCUCCUUAAUCUUGUGUCAGCACUUCACCCUAGUGCACAUACUGAGCAGACCUUGUAUUUGGCUUCAAUGCUUAUUAAAGCCCUUUGGAACAAUGCACUGGCUGCCAAGGCUCAGCUGUCCAAGCAGAGCUCUUUUGCUUCUCUGCUGAAUACAAACCUCCCCAUGGGAAAUAAAAAAGGCUCCCCUGCUGCUAGCCCUGAGAGUAGUGAUAACAGUGACACCCAUCACAGCGGCGGCAGUGACAUUGAAAUGGAUGAGCAGAUCAUGAACCGAGCGAAACGUGUGCAGCAGAGGCUUUCUGACACAGAGGAAUCCAUGCAGGGCAGCUCGGACGAGACUGCUAACAGUGGGGAAGAUGCCAGUAGUGGUCCAGGUAGCAGCAGCGGGCGUAGCGAUGGCUCCAGCAACGAAGUGAAUUCGAGCCACGCCAGCCAAUCAGCCGGCAGCCCAGGGAGUGAGGUCCACUCCGAGGACAUGGCCGACAGUGAGGCCCUGAAAGAAGAAGAGGAGGAGGAGGAAGAGGAAGAGAUAGAGGUAGAGAGGGGACGUAGCCCUCAGAAAGAGUCCAGGAACCCUGAGCUCAGGAAGAGGAAAUUGGAAUCCCACGCAAUCCCAAUUUGUCUUGGGGAGCCUCAGGGUGCCACAGACAGGUCAGGGACUAACAGUGGUACAGGCAAGGACCUUCCAUUUAAUCCUGAGGCUGUGUCCUCAGUGGACAGUAGGAUGCGACUGCUGGAUGCCAGCUCGCACCCAGAAGACCCCGACCAUGAUAUGGCUGAGGAAAUUAGCUCGACUCAGUUAUCACAAGGCUCCCAAGACCCUUGCAUUUCACGGCCUGGUGACUUCCUGGGCGAGGCGAUUGGCAACGAAUUGUUUAACUGCAGGCGUUUUAUUGGUCCACAGCAUCACCACCACCACCCUCACCACCAUCAUCCUCACCACCAUGCGCACGAGGGACACAUUGACGACAUGCUGAGUGCUGAUGAUGUGAGUUGCAGUAGCUCCCAAGUCAGUGCAAAGUCUGAGAAGAACAUGGCUGAUUUUGAUGGGGAGGAGUCGGGCUGUGAGGAGGAACUGGUACAAAUCAAUUCCCACGCAGAGCUGACAUCUCACCUCCAACACCUGCCUAAUUUAGCAUCAAUCUACCAUGAGCACCUUAGUCAAGGACCAGCAGUUCAUAAACACCAGUAUACUGGCAAUGCAAUCACUGACAUCAACUUGGAUAAUGUCUGUAAAAAAGGGAACACUCUCCUUUGGGACUUGGUUCAGGAUGAAGAUGCGAUCCAUUUAUCGGAAGGCUUGAUCAACGAAGCUGAAAAGCUGCUAUGUUCCCUGGUCUGCUGGUUCACUGACAGACAGAUUCGAAUGAGAUUCAUUGAAGGCUGCUUAGAAAACUUAUCUAACCAUCGGUCAGUGGUGGUUUCUCUCCGUCUCCUUCCUAAGCUAUUUGGUACAUUUCAACAAUUUGGAAGCAGUUACGACACACACUGGAUAACAAUGUGGGCUGAGAAGGAGUUACACAUGAUGAAACUUUUUUUUGAAAACCUUCUACACUACAUUCAAGAAGUAAAGGAGGAGCUACACAAAUUUGCACUGUAUGGUCACAGUGCAGAAGUACAGGUGCGCUUGCAGUUCCUGACCUGUGUUUUUUCCACACUUGGCUCGCCAGACCACUUCAGGCUCAGUUUGGAACAGGUGGAUAUUUUGUGGCACUGUUUAGUGGAAGAUUCCGAGUGCUAUGAUGAUGCUUUACAUUGGUUUCUGAACCAAGUCCGCAGUAAGGACCAGCAUGCAAUGGGAAUGGAAACAUACAAGCAUCUUUUCUUGGAAAAGAUGCCUCAACUGAAACCUGAAAUCAUCAGCAUGACUGGCCUAAACCUGUUCCAGCAUUUAUGUAACUUAGCCCGUCUGGCUACUAGUGCUUAUGACAGUGGCUCGAACUGUGAGCUGUGUGGUAUGGACCAACUCUGGGGCAUUGCUUUGAGAGCUCAGUCAGCUGAUGUCAGUCGAGCGGCCAUUCAGUAUAUCAACUCCUAUUAUAUAAAUGGGAAAACUGGUCUUGAGAAGGAACAAGAAUUUAUCAGCAAGUGUAUGGAGAGUCUGAUGAUGGCAUCGGGAAAUCUUGAAAAGGACCCUCAUUCCAGCCUAACAAUCAUUGAGAGGGGACUCUUAAUGCUAAAAACUCAUUUGGAAGCAUUCAGGAGGCGGUUUGCUUAUCAUCUGAGACAGUGGCAGAUUGACGGAAAAGGAAUCAGCAGCCACCUGAAGGCUCUCAGUGACAAGCAGUCUUUACCCCUGAGGAUUGUGUGCCAACCAGCUGGUCUCCCUGACAAAAUGACUAUAGAGAUGUAUCCAAGUGAUCAGGUGGCGGACCUGAGAGCCGAAGUUACCCAUUGGUAUGAGAACUUGCAAAAGGAGCAAAUGAACCAGCAAGCCCAACUUCAGGAGUUUGGGCAAAGUAGCCGCCAAGGAGACUUUCCUGGUGGCCUGAUGGGACCUGUGAGAAUGAUUUCCUCUGGACAUGAGCUGACCACUGAUUAUGAUGAAAAAACACUGCAUGAACUGGGAUUUAAAGAUAUGCAGAUGGUCUUUGUUUCCUUGGGUGCACCAAGAAGGGAGCGGAAAGGAGAGGGGGUUCAGCUGCCAGCCUCCUGCCUGCCUCCUCCUCAGAAAGAUAACAUUCCAAUGCUGUUACUGCUACAAGAACCCCACCUCACCACACUGUUUGACCUGCUGGAGAUGCUUGCCUCCUUUAAACCCCCUUUUGGAGAGAGAUCUGUGGAGGACACUGAGAGUGCUCGAUGUGAGGAGUUGCACCUCAAUGCUGAAAACCUGUCCAGGCGUGUCUGGGAGUUGCUGAUGUUGCUUCCUACAUGUCCCAACAUGUUACAGGCUUUUCAAAAUAUCUCUGAGGAGGGAAAUGAUGGACCUUGCUGGAAAGAUCUGCUAAGAAUAAAGAGCCCACAUAAACUCCUGUAUGCACUUGAAAUAAUUGAAGCUUUGGGCAAACCUAAUAGGCGGAUACGAAGAGAGUCCACGGGAAGUUAUAGUGACUUGUACCCUGACUCUGAUGACUCAAGUGAAGAUCAGAUUGAAAACAGCAAAAACUCCUGGAGCUGUAAGUUUGUUUCUUCUGGGGGGCUUCAGCUGUUGUUGGAAAUUUUCAAUUCUGCCAUUCUGGAGCCUAAAGAUCAGGAAUCCUGGACAGUGUGGCUGUUGGACUGCCUUGCCUGCCUUUUGAAGCUCAUCUGCCAGUUUGCAGUGGACCCAGCAGAUCUAGAUUUAGCCUAUCAUGAUGUCUUUGCCUGGUCGGGUGUAACAGAAAAUCACCGAAAACGGGCUUGGCCAGGAAAGUCACGCAAAGGAGCAGGAGACCACGUUAAGGGACUUCAUAUACCUCGUCUCACAGAGGUAUUUCUUAGUCUUGUCCAAGGAACCAACUUGAUCCAUCGGUUAAUUAGUGUUGCCUAUACAUAUGACAACCUUGCUCACAGGGUACUGAAAGCCCAAUCUGAUCACAGAUCACGCCAUGAGGUUACGCAUUACUCCAUGUGGCUCCUAGUUAGUUGGGCACACUGCUGUUCAGUGGUAAAAACCAGCCUGGCAGACAGUGAGCAUCUACAUGACUGGCUGAAGAAGCUCACUCUUCUUGUCCCUGAAACUGCUGUGCGACAUGAAGCCUGCAAUGGACUGUAUAAGCUGUCUCUGUCUGGCCUGGAAGGGGGUGAAUCUAUUCAUCGAUCAUUUUUGCUUCUGGCUUCUUCAACACUGCUAAAGUUCCUCCCUGAUGCUCAAGCUCUGAAACCUGUCAGGGUAGAGGAUUACGAGGAUGAGCCAGUGCUUCGAACUGGAUGCAAAGAGUAUUUCUGGUUGCUGUGCAAACUGAUAGACAAUAUUCAUGUAAAGGAUGCUAGUCAGACAACAUUGCUGGAUUUGGAUGCCUUGGCAAGACACCUUGCUGACUGCAUACGAAGCAGGGAGAUUCUUGAUCAGCAGGAUGGUAAUUUAGAGGAUGAUGGGCUGACAGGUCUGCUAAGGCUUGCUACUAGUGUUGUUAAGCACAAACCCCCAUUUAAAUUUUCUCAGGAAGGACAAGAUUUCCUGAAGGAUGUAUUUAAUUUGUUGUUUCUGCUGCCAAGCCUUAAAGAUAGACAUCAGCCCAAAUGCAAGUCACAUUCAGCAAGAGCAGCAGCUUAUGAUCUGCUUGUUGAAAUGGUGAAGGGCUCGGUCGAGAACUACAGGCUCCUACAUAACUCGGUUAUGGCACAGCACAUGCAAUCAUCUCACGCACCUUAUAAAUGGGAUUACUGGCCCCAUGAUGAUGUCAGAGCAGAAUGCAGGUUUGUGGGAUUGACAAAUCUGGGAGCAACCUGUUAUCUUGCUUCUACCAUCCAGCAGCUUUAUAUGAUCCCGGAGGCCAGGCAGGCCAUUUUUACAGCGAAGUAUGCUGAAGAGAUAAAGCACAAGACAACCCUCCUGGAGCUCCAGAAGAUGUUUACAUAUCUCAUGGAGAGUGAACGAAAGGCAUACAACCCCAGACCUUUUUGCAAAACUUACACCAUGGAUAAACAGCCCCUUAACACUGGAGAGCAGAAGGACAUGACGGAAUUCUUCACUGAUCUCAUUACAAAAAUUGAGGAAAUGUCACCAGACCUAAAAAACACAGUGAAAAGUUUGUUUGGAGGGGUUAUCACCAACAAUGUAGUGUCACUGGACUGUGAACAUGUAAGCCAGACUGCUGAAGAGUUCUACACUGUUAGGUGCCAAGUUGCUGAUAUGAAGAACAUCUAUGAGUCGCUGGAUGAAGUUACUAUCAAAGACACCUUGGAAGGGGACAACAUGUACACAUGCUCUCAGUGUGGGAAGAAAGUGCGAGCAGAGAAGAGGGCGUGUUUUAAAAAACUCCCUCGGAUCUUGAGUUUUAACACUAUGAGGUACACGUUCAACAUGGUGACAAUGAUGAAGGAGAAAGUGAAUACUCACUUUUCUUUCCCCCUGCGCCUUGACAUGACUUCCUACACUGAGGACUUUCUCAUGGGCAAGUGUGACAGGAAAGAUGGUUUCAGGGACGAGGGAGAAGCUAAGCCAGCAGAGAGUUAUGAGUAUGAUCUGAUUGGAGUAACGGUUCACACAGGGACUGCUGAUGGAGGCCAUUACUACAGCUUUAUCAGAGAUAUAGUCAAUCCGCAUGCUUACAAAAAUAAUAAAUGGUAUCUUUUCAAUGAUGCAGAAGUUAAGACAUUUGACUCGGCUCAGCUUGCCUCUGAAUGUUUUGGAGGUGAAAUGACGACCAAGACCUAUGAUUCUGUCACUGAUAAAUUCAUGGACUUCUCCUUUGAGAAGACCCACAGUGCCUACAUGCUGUUUUAUAAGCGGGUGGAAAUGGAGGAGGAGAAUGGAAAAGAGUGUAAAUUUGAUGUUUCUUCAGAUUUACUUGAGUGGAUCUGGCAUGACAACAUGCAGUUUCUUCAAGACAAGAACAUAUUUGAGCACACUUAUUUUGGGUUUAUGUGGCAAUUGUGUAGCAGCAUUCCUAGCACGUUACCAGAUCCAAAAGCAAUAUCUCUGAUGACUGCAAAGCUCAGUACAUCUUUUGUCCUGGAGACAUUUAUACAUUCAAAAGAAAAGCCCACCAUGCUGCAGUGGAUUGAACUGUUAACAAAACAGUUUAACAACAGCCAGGCAGCUUGUGAGUGGUUUUUGGACCGUAUGGCUGAUGAUGACUGGUGGCCCAUGCAGAUAUUAAUCAAGUGCCCAAAUCAGAUUGUACGGCAGAUGUUCCAGCGUCUUUGUAUUCAUGUGAUUCAGAGAUUGAGACCGGUACAUGCACAUCUCUUUUUAAAGCCAGGAAUGGAAGAUGGUUCUGAUGACAUGGAUGGCCCGGUAGAAGAUAUUGGUAGUCGCUCUUGUGUGACUCGCUUUGUAAAGACUCUGCUGUCUAUUAUGGAGCAUGGAGUGAAACCUCACAGCAAACAUCUCACUGAGUACUUUGCCUUCCUGUACGAAUUUGCCAAGAUGGGAGAGGAGGAAGUAAGUAGAAUUAGCCAGUUUCUUCUGUCAUUGCAGGCCAUUUCAAUAAUGGUGCAUUUCUACAUGGGGACAAAAGGACCUGAAAAUCCUCAGGUGGAAGUGUUGUCUGAAGAGGAAGGGGAGGAGGAGGAAGAGGAAGAGGACAUUCUGUCUUUAGCAGAAGAGAAAUACCGACCCGCAGCACUUGAAAAGAUGAUUGCUCUGAUAGCACUUCUUGUUGAGCAGUCACGGUCUGAAAGACAUCUUACAUUAUCUCAGAAUGACAUGGCUGCUUUGACUGGAGGAAAGGGCUUUCCGUUCUUGUUUCAACACAUACGAGAUGGAAUUAACAUCAGGCAAACAUGCAAUCUAAUCUUUAGCCUCUGUCGGUACAACAAUCGUCUUGCAGAACAUAUUGUUUCCAUGCUUUUUACAUCAAUUGCAAAGCUGACUCCUGAGGCAGCCAAUCCCUUCUUCAAGUUGCUGACCAUGCUGAUGGAGUUUGCCGGGGGCCCUCCUGGAAUGCCUUCGUUUGCCUCUUGCAUUCUGCAGAGGAUCUGGGAGGUCAUAGAGUACAAUCCUUCUCAAUGUUUGGACUGGUUAGCAGUGCAGACCCCUCGCAACAAGCUGUCCCAUAGCUGGGUGCUGCAAAACAUGGAGAACUGGGUAGAACGGUUUCUGCUUGCACAUAACUAUCCCAGAGUCCGAACUUCUGCCGCCUAUCUUCUUGUAUCUCUGAUUCCAAGCAACUCCUUCCGACAAAUGUUCCGGUCAACCCGCUCUUUACACAUUCCCACCCGGGACCUUCCUCUUAGUCCAGACACCACUGUGGUCUUGCACCAGGUUUAUAAUGUCCUCCUCGGGCUUCUGUCGAGAGCUAAGCUGUAUGUUGACGCUGUAGUCCACGGCACCACAAAACUAGUGCAGUACUUCAGUUUCAUGACGUACUGCUUGAUUUCCAAAACGGAGAAGCUCAUGUUCUCCAGCUACUUCAUGGAUUUGUGGAACCUUUUCCAGCCCAAACUCUCGGAGCCCGCAAUAGCCACCAACCACAACAAGCAGGCUCUGCUCUCCUUCUGGUACAACGUGUGCGUAGAUUGCCCAGAGAACGUGCGGCUCAUUGUGCAGAACCCUGUCGUUACCAAGAACAUUGCGUUCAAUUACAUCCUGGCAGACCACGAUGACCAGGAUGUGGUACUGUUUAACCGGGGGAUGCUACCUGCUUACUAUGGCAUCUUGCGCAUGUGCUGUGAACAGUCACCGGCCUUCACCAGGCAGCUGGCCUCCCACCAGAACAUUCAGUGGGCAUUCAAAAAUCUCACCCCCCACGCGAGUCAGUAUCCAGGGGCAGUGGAAGAGCUUUUCAAUCUCAUGCAGCUGUUUGUCGCUCAGCGUUCAGACAUGCGAGAGGAGGAGUUGGAGGAUAUAAAGCAGUUCAAGAAAACAACAAUCAGUUGUUAUCUGCGCUGCUUAGAUGGGCGUUCCUGCUGGACUACCCUUAUCAGUGCCUUUCGAAUCUUGCUAGAAACUGAUGAGGACAGAUUGCUUGUUGUAUUUAAUAGAGGAUUGAUCCUGAUGACAGAGUCUUUCAACACGUUGCAUAUGAUGUACCAUGAGGCAACUGCGUGUCAUGUGACUGGUGACCUGGUAGAACUUCUGUCAAUCUUCCUCUCUGUUCUGAAAGCCACUCGGCCCUAUCUGCAGAGAAAAGAUGUGAAACAAGCUCUGAUUCAGUGGCAGGAGAGAAUUGAAUUUGCACACAAGCUUCUUACCUUGUUGAAUUCCUACAGCCCUCCAGAGCUCAGAAACGCUUGCAUAGAUGUUUUAAAAGAACUUGUUCUUUUGAGUCCUCAUGAUUUUCUGCACACUCUCGUACCAUUCCUACAACAUAACCAUUGCACUUACCAUCACAGUAACAUCCCAAUGUCUUUCGGGCCAUACUUUCCUUGCCGGGAGAACAUAAAGUUGAUGGGAGGGAAAAACAACAUUCGCCCUCCUCGACCAGAGCUUAAUAUGUGUCUUCUGCCUUCCAUGGUGGAAACGAGCCAGGGAAAGGAUGAAGUUUAUGACCGUAUGCUGCUGGAUUACUUCCUGUCCUAUCACCAGUUUAUCCAUCUGUUGUGCCGAGUAGCUAUCAACUGCGAAAAGUUUACUGAAACCUUAAUUAAGCUAAGUGUCCUAAUUGCAUAUGAAGGUUUACCUUUGCACCUGGCCUUGUUUCCCAAGCUUUGGACUGAGCUUUGCCAGUCACAGUCUCCUAUGGCAAAGAACUGUGUGACGCUCCUGUGUGAGGAUCCAGCCUUUGCUGAGUACAUUAAGUGUAUUCUAAUGGAUGAGAGGACCUUUCUGAACAACAAUGUAGUGUACACCUUCUUGACCUGUUUCCUUCUCAAGGUUCAAAGUCAAGUGUUGUCUGGUUCCAGUUGUGCUAAUUUGAUCAACAUUCUUGUUACAAAUCUUAUUAAUGAAUAUCAUAAUCUCGAAUCAGAACUUACAAGCCAAAGAGUUGAGGUCUGCAAAACAAGUAUUAUUCUAAACGCGGAUCUACGGGCAUUCAUCUUAAUGCUUUCAGUACAUACCCCGAAACAGCUUGAUCCUGCCCUUAUCCCCACUUUGCAAGAUUUACUAAACAAAUGUAGAACUUGUCUACAGCAAAGAAAUGCCCAGGAACGAGAAGCUAAAGAGAGAAAGUCAAAAGAGGAUGAAGGUGCUACUCCAGUUAAAAGGCGAAGAGUUAGCAGCGAUGAAGAUCAUCCCUUAGAAAGUUGCUCCGGCGAUCUAAAAUCUGAACCAAGGGAGGCACUGACCCCGGCUAGCACUUCAGACACUGAGACGAGGGACUCUUCAGUUAUAGACCCAGGGACUGAGCAAGACCCCCCCACUCCUGAAAAUGUUUCAGUUAAGGAGGACAAAAUGGAGUCGAUAUCUUUGGUUUCAGAAAAUGCAGUGUUUUGUAGCAGGCCCUCAGAGGAGCAGGGGGAAGGAGAGAGUAAAAUAGAGGAAUGUAAAGAUGUGAAGGAAGAAAUGCAGGGCAUAAAGACUUCCAGUGUGGCUGAGGAGGACUCCGAGUUUCCCUCCACAUCCGUCUUCGCAAGUCUGUCUGACAUGGUGGACUUGAGAGGUUGUGAGAAUCAAACUUUGCUUUUACAGGAUCCAGAGACAAGUUUAACAGCCAGUUGUGCCCAUUCCAGAGGACUCUUUAAUUUCAUGCAGCAGCAUGACAUUUUAGACACUUUGUGUAGGACCAUUGAGUCUACAAUUAGUGUGGUCACAAAACUACCUGGGAAAGGAAACCGAGCUGCGUCUUGACAGUACUUCUAGCAUGUCUGCUUUUUAAGUAUUUUUAAAAUGCUGUUUGUACACUUUUUUUUUUUUUUUUUUUUUUUUUUUUAACUUCUGGCUGUUUGAACAGUUGCUCUGUGCUUAGGUUUGUCAAGUGAUCUUUCAUCUGCUUGAAUGGCAAUAGAUUAAUUUGCUUGAAGAUUCCUGGGGAAAAAAUGCAAAACCCCAGAUCUAUUUAAAGGGCAAGACCAUUUUUCAUUUUUAUUUUAUUCAGAGUUCUGUUGAAGUGAUUAUUUGUUCAAUAUUGCUUUAAGGGGAGAAGGUUUACAGAAUUUUAGUCUUCUCUGUAUGGAAUUUAAAUUUAUUGCAUUUUUACUGUGUAUAAUAUGGUGUCCUCUGUGCCAGUUUUGUACUUUACUAAAGAGGCAAAUUGCCUCAUAUUUCUGUGGUUCUUAUUAUCCAAACUAAGUUUACUUGUAAAUUAAACAACCAUAAGAAACGUGAUUCUGUUAAGAAUCCUUUCUAAAUGUGGCCUGGC